AUCCCGGCAUCCAAUGGCGUCAAGUUGCGCUCUAUCGCACUUGCACGGUUGUCAAUAUGCAUCCCGCGUCGACAUGGCACUUUAUUCGAGAUAUAUCUUGUCUGGGUCUCCAGGCAACUAAAGCCCAAUCCACAUCAUUCUAUCGACAAGUCUCUAGACACCGGGCAGCGAUAACAAUCAUACCAUCGAGAAUUCCUGCUGCAAGACAACUAUCCAGCAUGCCUGGCCAGCAGCCCUUGAAAGCCACUCAACAUGGUUGCUUUCGAAUGCCAGUGGAAAGCGCUCGCCACUCGCAUACCCUGAUGGCUUUCCCUAGCAUGGAAUCAGCAGAAAGUACAGAGCAUCUGGAAGCCCUACAAUCCGAAGUCACAAGCAUCGCCAACACCAUCUCCCGCUUCGAACCAGUCCACCUCUAUGCCAGGGAGGGACUCAUCACACAGGCAAAAUCCAUGGUCGGCAGCAAUGUCUUGGUCAAGCCAGCCAGGGUCAGCGAACUCUGGAUCCGCGAUAGUGGGCCGGUCUUUGUGCAAGACUUGUCAACAGGGAAACGGACGGCAGUGAAAUUCAACUUCAACUACUGGGGCGGCAAGCUCCCUGCAGUUGGCGACGAGGAAAUCGCUGCCCAAAUAGCUGCACACGCAAACGAAGCCUCGGUAUCCUCGAAACUCACUAUGGAAGGAGGGGGCAUCGAGCACGACGGCGAGGGAACAUUCCUAGGCACCGAAAGCUGCAUCAUCAACGACAACCGCAACCCAGGAUUCUCCAAAUCCGAUGUCGAGGCCGAGCUUAUGGACAAGCUUGGAGUCACGCAUUUCAUUUGGAUCCCCGGCGUCAAAGGCUACGACAUCACAGAUUACCACAUCGACGCGCUGGCACGCUUCACAUCACCAAGCGUCGUCCUCCUGAGCAAGCCAGGGCCGAAUGCUCACCCCAUUGCAAUAGACGCCUACAACUCUGCUCGGUCUGACCUUACAUCUGCGAGGGACGCAAAAGGCCGACCACUAACGGUAUACGACUGCGAGGAACCCGACAUAACUAUCCUCGGGCCAUCAGAUAAACACAACGAGGUCAUCGGCUCGUAUGCCAAUUAUCUCCUCGUCAAUGGAGGCGUCAUCACACCCAAAUUCGGGCAGGAAAGACAGGACACUGCUGCCUUUGAAUUGUUCAAGAAGUUGUUCCCUGACAGAGAGGUGGUGCAGGUGCCCAUCAACAUGCUGCCGAGGACGGGUGGAGGGAUCCAUUGUGCAACGCAGCAAGUUCCGGAACUUUGAAGCCAUGGUACACGAGUAUCUCAUUGCAAGGACUUUGUGCCAGUUCUGCGAAGUGACCCAUGGAUAUGCAGAUCCGAAGGGUUUCUAUUGUCUCCGCUCCAUUGUACUGAAUGAUUGUCGCCCCUCGUUUGCUGGUAUCUUUCAAGUACAGGAAUGUCGAAACCCAAUCUCUCGGCUCAAUAGAAAAUAUGUCAAUCUUACUGCUACGACUAUAGUCAGAGCAGCAAAGAAGUUGUUACGCUGUGCACGUGUUGAUCGAUAUCUGAUAUUCCUAGCCUCGAAC